AAAAAAAGAAAUAAUCAGUAAACUAGAAAAGGAACAAAGAUUGAAGAAUCAAUCGACAAAUUUCCAAAAAAAAAAACAAAAAAACAAAAAACUUUAACUUGUGAUCGUACUCUAUUGGAUUUUUUUUUAUCUGAUAAUUGUACUCUUUUAGAUUCUACCUUUUAUCACCAUUAAAAUUUUCCAUUCAAAAAACAGAACACUUUUCAACGUCGUUUUGCCGUAAUUUCCUCUGCCGUUUUAUUUCCUUUCUGCCCCUUUUGAAACCCUGAUCGUGCACAAUAUCCAAAAAAACAAAAACAGUAAUAAUAAUAUAAAAACCGUGGUUUAGGCCAGAAGGGUCGUUGGAUUGAGGCCGCGGCGAAUCGAAGCGCGUGAAUGAUCUGUCUGUCGUUCUGUUGAGGCGUGAGAGCGGGGAAUUGGUUUCCGUUGGGUAAGGGUAUUUGAAGUUUUUGAUGGGUGAUCUCCGAGAUUGGUCGCCUGAGCCAAACGGUGUUGCGUCGGAAGAGAGAUCAUCAUCGUCAUCAUCUUCAUCAUCGAAUCAAGCGGGAAUUGGUGCGGAGUAUUGGACAAAGGCUGAGAAAGCGACGCAAGGGAUCAUGGCCCAGGUUCGGCCAACCGUUGUUUCAGAAGAGAGAAGAAAAGCGGUUAUAGAUUACGUUCAGAGAUUAAUUAGGAAUUAUCUUGGUUGCGAGGUAUUUCCAUUUGGGUCAGUGCCUUUGAAGACCUAUCUUCCUGAUGGAGAUAUUGAUUUGACAGUCUUUGGUGUCCUAAACUUUGAGGAGGCUCUGGCCAAUUAUGUAUGUUCUGUCCUUGAAAGAGAAGACCGUAAUAGUGCUGCAGAGUUUGUGGUGAAGGAUGUCCAAUUAAUUCGGGCAGAGGUUAAGCUUGUAAAGUGUCUGGUGCAGAACAUUGUGGUUGAUAUCUCUUUUAAUCAGUUAGGGGGGCUAUGUACCUUGUGCUUUCUUGAGCAGGUUGAUCGUCUUAUUGGAAAAGAUCAUCUAUUUAAACGCAGUAUUAUAUUGAUAAAGGCUUGGUGCUACUAUGAGAGUCGUAUUCUUGGGGCUCAUCAUGGCUUGAUUUCUACCUAUGCUUUGGAGACUUUGGUGCUGUACAUUUUCCAUCUAUUCCACUCAUCACUAGAUGGUCCUUUAGCAGUUUUAUAUAAAUUUUUGGAUUACUUUAGCAAAUUUGAUUGGGACAACUACUGCAUCAGUUUGAAUGGUCUGAUCCAUAUAUCCUCGCUGCCAGAUGUUGUGGUUGAGACGCCCGAAAAUGGUGGGGGAGAUUUACUGUUCAGCAAUGAUUUUCUCAGGGAAUGUGUGGAAAAGUUCUCAGUUCCGUCAACGGGAUUUGAGACUAAUUCACGCACAUUCCCAAAAAAGCAUCUAAACAUAGUAGAUCCUUUAAGAGAAAACAAUAAUCUUGGUCGCAGUGUGAGCAAAGGGAACUUUUAUCGUAUAAGAAGUGCUUUUACUUAUGGGGCUCGGAAGCUGGGGUGGAUUCUUUCCCAGGCAGAAGAAAGCAUAGCAGAUGAACUUCGUAAGUUUUUCUCAAACACUCUGGAUAGGCAUGGCAGUGGACAGAGGCCGGAUGUUCAAGAUCCUGCCCCAUUUUCUAGAUUCAGAGGAUUUGUUUCUACAUCAUCAGUUUCAGGUACAGAGUCAUGUCAAGAAGAUCAAACGUUUUGUGAAUCAGAAUCUUCAAAUUCAAGUACCAUGAAUGGGAAUUGUAGAUCUGAUAAUGAGGGAUCAUUGCACAAAGUCAAUAAUGGUAAUGUAUCUGGGAGGGAAACAAAUUUUAGUAGAACCCUUAAUGAACCACAAGGUUAUGCAAACACUUUAAGUGUUUCAGAAAUGCAUCCCUCUGGGGAUGCUAAAGACCUGGCAACCUCCAGAAUUCAAGGUCUUGUAAUUUCAAAUGAUGCACAUAAAUCUUGCCCUCCGAAUGCGGAGGAGAAUGUUUCUUCAUCAGAUAAUGUAUGGCAUGCGCCUCAUCAAUAUUUCUGUAUCUCUUCUUUGGAUGAUCGAGAUAUAAGAAAUGAAAAUGCAGAGUGCAAACAGCCGGAAAAUUCCGGCCAUACGGAAAAGAAUGUGAGGUCUGGUAUUCUUCCAGCAAGCAGAGAGGAGAUGGGUACUAAUGUAUAUGAUGAUCACACUGAGAAUCAGUUGAUUGUUGGUCAAGGGAUUCAAUCCCCUGUUGGAUCAAAGCACCAUCCGUUGAUUUCAAAUUCUGCUUGGUCAUCUGAGGAUCUAUAUCCUGGAUAUUCUCGUUAUCCUGCUUCCUGUAGUGCUGCUGGAAAUCAGGAAUCUUUGAGCUCAUUGUCUGGCGAUUAUGAUACUCACAUACAUAGUUUGAAUUAUUGUCAGUGGUGCUAUGACCGUGCCUUCAGUGCAUCUGUUCCUCCACUUUCUUCACCAUUGGUUUCUCAGUUCCAGAGCAAGAAUUCAUGGGAUGUAGUACGAAAGUCAAUGCAGUUCAGGCAAAAUGCAAUUUCCUCGGUGAAUGCUAAUGGUGUUGUCCAACGGCAAGCCUACUAUCCCACAAAACAACCAAUGCUACAUGGCACAGGCUUUGGAAUGGAAGAAAUGCCAAAGCCUCGUGGAACAGGGACAUACUUUCCCAACCCCAACUCGAACCAUUACAGGGAUAGGUCCUUGACAGCAAGGGGAAGUAAUCCAGCACCAGUAAGGUCUCCUCGCAAUAAUGGCAAUGCCAUUACAUCUCCAGAGACCAAUUCACCAGAGAGAAGCAGCCAGGACCUGGCACAAGUGCAGUUAUUAAAUCAAGGUGGUGGAAAAUCUUGGUCUUCGGAUCUCUGCCACUCUGGUUUUGAAAAAGUGUUAUCCCCUAAUGCCAAUGGCACAAUGCCUCAGGCAGACAGGGUUGUAGAAUUUGGGUCAAUUGGGCCCCUACUUUUAGGGUCAGCUUCUACAGAAAGUAGCAAGCAACAUAACCCAGGUUCUCCUCAUGCUCAAAACUCGAUUUCAAGUCACCCACAACUAGGAAUGCAAAGGCCAAAAUCUGCUGUGGGCAUGGAUCAGAACAGGAUACUCGUACAAUCAUUCCAUUUAAAAAAUGAAGAAGACUUUCCACCUUUAUCCAUAUGAAAACAUUGGGAAGAAAGGAACGAUCUUAAUUUAUUCGGUUGAAAAGUUUGGAAGAAUAGAAUCGUUAAUGCUAACAAAGCCAUCCUGAGCCUCAGCUUGUGUGAAUAUGGCACUUUCAUAGCCAUUCCAAAGCUAUAUGUAUGGAGUUUCAUUAUUUUUGUGUGGGUCAAAGGCAUUUUGUACAUUCUACUAAUUUAUUUCCCUUUAAUAAUCGUAGCAGUACUUUUUAGGGAGUUAUUCAUGUAUAUAGGAUUGUCAAGUUAUGCUUUUAUUUUUUCUUGCCCAGGUUUUGAUGUCUCUGCCACUUGUGCUUGGCAAAAUGCAUAGACACAUAUAUUGUUAUCGCUGAUUGUUGAUGUAACUUAUACCGCAAAAUAGGGUUCUUUUUGCAGCUGUAAUGGUUUAAUGUUUCUGGUUUUUUUGAUAUAUCUAGCUUUCUUCUCUUCUGCAUGUUCCUCCAAUGGCGAAACUCGGCUGGUCGGCUUAUUGCUUUUGGAAUCCCAGUCCUAACCCUUGUCAUCCAGCUGCAGAACAGCACUGUUUUGUUUGUCGUUUGUUUGUGUCAUGUAGGCGGGCCUGUAAUUUGAUUGGGGUAAGAUACAUGCCAACCUCAGUACUGUUUCGUACCCAUCUUGAAGUUAUAAAAAGUAGGUUAGA